CGUCGAUACGGAGGCGCGGCAGAUGGGCGUGGCGUGCGCUGACAUGUACUUCUGGUCGGUGAACCUGACGAGAAGAUGGGUCGGCUCCAAGGGCCGCGCCUUCAGCGCCGGCCAUGUCGCUGAGAAGGAGUCUGGGCGUUGGCUGCGAUUCGGCAAGGUGGAGCUGAAG